AUGACUCUCAAUCGUCCAAAACCAAGUGCUAGUCCUUCUGAUGAUUCCGCUGUUGGUGAUAUGAACAGUAAUGGAACAAGUACAGCAAGUAGCAAUAAUGGUGAAGCAUUAUGUCUGGAAACUACUUCAACGACAACAACAGAAAGUCUAACUGAAUCUUAUACAAAAUUAGCAUUAACUAAACGACAAACAUCACUCGUCAUUGAAUCUAAUGCCGAUUCCAAUGAUCCAGGGAAAAUGUUUAUUGGUGGCCUCAGUCCUACGACAACAUCUGAAGGUUUACGGGACUAUUUUCAAAAAUACGGUGAGCUAAGGGAAUAUAUGAUAAUGCGUGACCCGCUCACAAAACGAUCAAGGGGUUUCGGAUUUGUCACUUUUUCUGAUCCAAUGUGUGUGGAAAAAGUCCUGGAAGCAGCUCCGCAUAUUUUGGACUAUAAAAAGAUUGAUCCGAAACUUGCUGUUCCCCGUAAACCUGGUCAGAAUACAAAAGUAUCUACAAAAACUAAACGUGUAUUUAUUGGUGGAGUGGCAACACAAACUACAAAUGAAGAACUAAGUGAAUAUUUUAGUCAAUUUGGCAAACUAGAAUCAUGUGAGUUAAUGAUGGACAAGUCAACCAAUCGACAUAGAGGCUUUGGAUUUGUUACUUUUGAAUCAGAAGAAUCAGCUGAAAAAGUUUGUGAAAUUCACUUCCACGAUUUGCAUAAUAAAAUGGUUGAAGCCAAAAAGGCUGUUCCAAAGGAGGUGAUGAGUACAAAUAAUUCCUUGAUUAAACAAAGACAUCAGUUUAUUCGUGCACCAAUUUCUCAUUUUCUUCCUGCUCAAUUGAAUGGAGCUGCGGCGGCAGCAGCAGCUGCUGCUGCUGCUUCAUACACACUAACAGCAACAUCACCAAUUACAGCACGUCAACCAAGUGCCUAUGCUUACCUACCUGGAUAUUAUCUGUCUCCAGGAAAUCCAAUGUUCUACAGUCCAUCAACCGAUGUUACCUUUAAUCCACAUACUGGGCUACUACCAUCUACAAUCAAUCCUAAUCAAAUAAGAAAUCAAGAUUCACAAACUGCCAGUUAUGAUUUGCUCAAUUCAUCACAGAAUUUAUUAUCUCUAUUAACUCAUUCAUUACAACCUAUUCAGUCAAAUACAUAUGUCACUUCUAGUCCACAUGUGCCAAUCAUUACGAAUACAACUGAUCAUGAUAACUGUAAGAAUAAUCAUUUGGAUACGCAUAAUACUAAUAAUAACAACUGUAGCAAUAUUAACAGUAGUUUCAAUCGGCCAGGGGCACAAAGUAAAGAAGAAGUAACAGAAUUACUUAAUACUAACCGUUCUAAUAAAUUACAGCUUUUAUUGAAUUCUAUGACAAUCAAUUCACUUUUACAAAAUGGCGAAACCACCAAUCAUAGUCCUUUGGUCAAUUCCACCACUCAAUCUUUACAAACAGAUAUUAUAAGCCCAGAAAACGAUCAAUUUGAAAUUAGUCAACAUUCUCGUCCUCUUACUAAUCAUCUUCUUCAUUCUUACUCAAAUUAUGGUCAUCAUAAUCAAGCACAACUACAAAUAUUGGGUCCGCUGACAGUUCCAUCAGCUCAACAAUCAUCAAUUACAGGGAUAAGCUGUCGUCCACCUGCCAUGUCUGAGAAUCUUGUCACAAAUGGUCAAGCACAUUAUAUUAUUACAGGUGCACCGAACGGAACAAAUCUUAGUCAAACAACAAUGUUUGCUAAUCAUAUUCAAACUUCACCAGUUACAUUGAUUCCAAAAGUGGAUUAUGAUGUAAGACUUUGUAAUUGUUGUUGUGUACCUGUGAAAAUCAAUAAACAACUUCUUGGUAAUAUAACUAAACAUUGA